CACAACCAUCACAGAGGCUGAACGGCUUUUCAAACAAGCGCUUAAAAAUGCCGGCAAAGACACCAAUCUUGUGGUCUACAUCAAGCGCAGACUGGCCAUGUGUGCUAGAAAACUGGGUCGCAUCAAAGAAGCUGUAAAGAUGAUGAGAGAUUUAAUGAAAGAAUUCCCCUUAUUGGGAAUGUUAAAUAUUCAUGAGAACCUUUUAGAAGCAUUAUUAGAGCUGCAGGCCUAUGCUGAUGUACAAGCAGUCCUCGCAAAAUAUGACGAUAUCAGCUUGCCAAAAUCAGCUACUAUAUGCUACACAUCUGCCUUACUGAAAGCCAGAGCAGUGUCAGAUAAGUUUUCACCUGAAGCAGCGUCUAGACGAGGUCUCAGCACAGCAGAGAUGAACGCAGUGGAGGCCAUACACAGAGCUGUGGAGUUCAACCCACACGUACCAAAGGUUCGAAAGAUUAUUUUAAAGGGUCCAAAAUUAACUUUCUGCAUCACAUGACAAUGGCUGGUGAAA